AUUAGUUGGGAUCAGUCCAUCGAAAACCGUGCCAUCGAGAGGAAGUGGAUAACUAGAGUGAAGUGUAUUGAAACUAAAGGGGAAACCAAAUCGAAUCGAGCAGAAUCGAUUAGAGGCAUAUCACGUAUACGCCUGGUAACACAGCCAAAUAUUCGAAUAUGUCGCUGAGAAUGGGCUUUUUAAGCUGCCUGCUGGUGGCCAGCACAAUCCUAAUGCUGCAGGUGCAGGCCGAAAUCGAGACAAACGAAGUGGACCAAUUUGAUGUGUACAUGCUGCAGGGCGUGCGCAUAUAUCCCAAUGAUCGGCAAUGCGUUCUGGUGGGGGGACUGUGUGUCAGGACGGCGGACUGCAUCGAGCCCACCUCGAACAAGGGAUUGUGUCCCACGAGUGCCGGACAGGGCGUGGAGUGUUGCUAUGAACUGCCGGUUAGACCAGCGCCCUGUGCGGAACACUUGGGACAGUGCAUGGACCGAUGCCACCAGAGGCUCCUGCGACCCGGCACCGAUUGCGAGAAUGGCCAAGUCUGCUGUGUCCUGAUUUAGUUAUACUUAACCACACAACACACAUACCCCUGCUGAGAAAAAACAUCGUCAAAUUGUUCAUAAUUCAUAACGAAAUAGCCGACAUGUUUGGCAAAUCAGAAUUACAUUUCACAUAUUAAAAGGGUUUAUUUAAUUUUGGAUAUUGCAAGUUUUCCCUUACUGUCAGGGCUUAUUAUAUUGGUAUUUAAAAUUCCCCUACAAAAUAACGGCGACCCUUGAAACAUUAUAAAACUAAUAAAAUUCUGAUUCACCAUAAGCCGUUUAUUUGGAAAUAAGAUUUUAGGGAAAAAUUUAUAUAAAUUGAGCGUAAUAAAAGUAAUUAAUACCAGUUUAAUAUGAAACCGUUUAGAACUAAUAUGGUUAUGGGUUUUCUCAGUAUACACACAAAAAAACACACACACACACCGUACAUAAACAUGUAUUUAUUAAACUAUAUGUAUAUUAAUUAUAUUGUACGAAUACUAUUGUAUGACAUCAUAAGAACCCCCACAUCUCCCGAAAAAGUGAAAUAUUUGACUGCUUCCAAUAAAUGCAUUGUAAAUAUUUUCCAAAA